AUGGCGGCAAAUCUGAUACGCAACGGUGCGCUCAUCGUGAGCUGGGCAGCCAUGACAAAAGAGUAUUUCUUCGAUAUUAACUACGGUAUGGGCACAUCCAUGAUCCCCACAAUCCCCGACGGAUCUUAUAUCUUUGUGGAACGACUAUCGCGACGCUGGCGCAACUGGGAGCGUGGGGAUUUGGUUCAGCUUCGUUCACCCACUCGGCGUCGGGGCGAGACCAUUACGAAGCGGAUUCUAGCCUUGGAGGGAGACGUAGUGGAAUUGCAACCGCGUUUCGACAAGGAACGCAAGGGAAAGAUAGUGGUCCCAAAGGGUCAUGUGUGGGUAGAAGGAGAUAAUCCCACAUACUCUGUGGACUCAAGGCAUUUUGGUGCUGUCCCUAUUGCUCUUUUGAUCGGACGACCAUUUUGGAUUGUAAGGGGUAUAUGA